GAGUGGCGCGUGAUCCGCAUGCUGAUUGUGUCAGUCCAUCUGGCAUAAUAAAUCCAGCAAAAUCCAGUGACUUGCCCGUUGCCCGAGCUAAUCUUCCAGAGAUCCCGACCGUCUUUAUGGGAACAAGAAAACGGUAUAAAUAGAGGAGAACUGCGUAGAUGAGCUGCCAGAACUGGAAGUUAUUCGAAAUAGAAGCAGCAUGAGAACACAAGCCUCCCUCUUGACGAUCCUCAGUCUGCUGAUCAUAUGCUGUCUGGAUUGGAGUAGUGCUCUGUUCUUCAAAAAGUCCUGGAAGUCGGCAAAUGGAUAUGGAGUACGAAACUAUGGAAAUACUGGCUAUGGAAACUAUGGUUAUGGAAACAACGGCUAUGGAAACAACGGCUAUGGGAACUAUGGUUAUGGAAACUAUGCUGGAGGCUAUGGCUAUAAUUACCCAUCCUAUCCAGAAUAUUCCUCAUCCUACUCAUACCCAUCUUAUUCAGGAGGACGAAGGCCUUCUGGAAAUAGGCAAGGACGCACCUACUCGGACAUAGCGAGGGUCAUAAAUCCCGCUCCAUAUAUCGGUCCUGGAGGCAGUCGAUUCCUGCCUCGCACUCCCUUUUCCGCGCUUUGGGGUUGAAGUUUUCCAUAUCUAAGAUCGUGUUUUCAACAGUAUUAACCAUUAAAAUAAAA